UUUUCUCUAUUAUGGUAUAUAUAAAAGGCGAGCCGGCUUGACAAAAUUUCAAUACACAAACCUUUUUAGGAAACAAGUUGAAGUGCUUUAUAAUGAAAGCCUUAAAUCUACUUCCAUUAUUGUUUGGCUUAAUCCAAUUGAUUAGUUCAGCUAGCGUUCCACACAAACCGAACUGUUCAUUGGAACAAAAUGACUCGUACAUUGCCGAUCCUAUCAGCUGUUCGCACUUCUACAAAUGUUCGAAUGGUCAGCCAUAUCGUCAACGUUGUGCACCUGGCCUAUACUUUGAUGAAUCUGCAAAAAUUUGUAACCAUAUUUCACUUGUCAAUUGUUCGAAACAACAUGGACAACAUAGAAAUGUUGCGGUUUCUGCAAAUACUGACGAUUGUGGUUCAAAGCCACAAAGUACGACUACAUGUCAUCCGCCUAUAACCACAACACCUUGCGACAACGAGGAAACCACAACAUGCUGCUGCGAUGACGAUACUACUACCCUUGUAACUACAACCUGCUGUUGCGAUGAUUCAACACUCGAACCGUCCACGACAGCUUAUACAUUACCACCUACAAGCACUAACACAGCUUAUACUACCACAUCGGCUCCUACCACUACCACCCAGCUUGCUACCACCACUACAUCGCCUACCGUUACUACGACUAUAAUUUACACAUCUACGUCACCAACCACUUCGCCAGAUAGCACAUCCACUGACUCACAUACUUCUCCUACAACGACCAUCUUUCCUUCUACUACCACCUGUAAACCAUCUACAACCACCAAACCUUGCGAAACGACUACCACGACCAAACCAUGUAAGCCCUCAACAACUAAAAAACCUUGCACCUGUAAAAAAAGAAAGAUCGCUUCGGUGACCUCGUCCAACACCCAAACUUCAAAACUCCAAACGAAACUUAUUCCCACUUCAUCAAUACCUACGGAAACAAGAAUAAACGGCCCCGAUCCAAGAACUGUAAAACCUGUCAUACUUGACCUUAGAUGUGGAAAGGAGUCUAACGGCAGUUAUAUAAGAGAUGAGAAAGACUGCGCUAAGUACUAUGUCUGCCGAAAUGGCAAACCCAUUGAACACCGUUGUGAACGUGGUAUGUGGUUCGAUAAUGAAAAGCUUGUGUGCAACUACAAGAAUUUUGUGAAAAAUUGCAAAAUGCUAACUUACUAAAUACAUAAAAUUUAUCUUAUAAUCAAUAAA